AUGAGACUCUUCAACCGGCUUUACGCCCUCUGUGCCUUGGCACUAUGCAGCAUCCUGAUUUCAUCAUUGUUUCUCGCAUCCCAGCAUUACUAUCGUCGAGUGGUUCCCGCUCAUUCGCCGGCUGUUGAGUUCGACGCCGCGAACACGUUUGAUCGGAGAUUGGUGGUCUUUGGCGAUUCGUGGAGUGACAACAAUGCGGGUGAAAUUCAGGGAUCGGUAUGGACCGAUUGGCUGUGCUCCCUGUACGAAUGCCAUCAUGAAAACCUGGCGCAGACGGCCAAGUCGUUGCGGGGGAACUACAUUGGCUCCGUGGUGGACAAUUCGGAACUGUCGGGCCCCAUGCUCAACUUGUACAAGUCACCGCUGGCGGAUUUCAAGACUCAGAUGAGUCAGUGGACGGCCGCCGAAACACUAGUCUUGCAGUCGUUGUCCGACGACGAGACUUCCUCGCGCCUGAAUAACACUAUCGUGGUGGUUUCCUUUGGUGUUUGGGACUUGUGGAACAUGGUCGGGAAGAGCUACGAGGAAUCGACGGGACUGAUUGACCACAGUAUUCAAGUUAUCAUGGACCAGCUCAAUGUGCUGUCUCACCUCUGGGGCGCAAACGACCUCAAUGUCAUUCUCACUUUGACACCGGAUGUCACCUUCCUGCCUGCAUUCAAGCCCACUGCCGAUGAGCGUGUCAGCCGCCACAAGGAUACCGUCAAGACUACAGAGUACUGGAACAGCAAACUCCGGGAGGCAGCUGAACAAUGGGAUCAAGGCGAGAUCUAUCUGUUCGACACCAACGCAUUCUUGGCGGACCAGAUCCGAGACUGGCAGCUCUUCGCAGCAGGGGUUGAAGAAGCGAAUGGGCUCGGGCGCAAUCAGGACCCGGGCUGGGAGAACGUUGAGGACGCAUGCGUCCAAUCUGGCCAGCAAUGGGUCAUGGUUUCGAAGGAGAAACAGUGCUCCAAGCCCGACAGGUAUCUGUUCUGGAACGAAAUGCACCUUGGCCCAUCGGCGCACCGACUUAUGGGAACAGAAGUUUUCCAUGGUAUCGAAGAGAAGUGGCUCAAGUAG